AUGAUGACCGGGAGACAGGUAUUUUCGGAAAAAGAAAAAUUCUGCCUACAAAGGCUUAUUUUUAAACAUAAACUUAAUUGUGCUGCCCGAAAUGGUGCAGGAAACAUGGCUGCUAAAAGAAGUGCGUGGGCACGCUUAGCAGAAGAAUUUAAUGCUAUAGAAUCAAAUGCUAGGAGAUCUGAAGUUCAAUUAAAGAAAUGCUGGGACAAUAUGAAAACCAGGAGGAAACAGAGAUUGAUCCAAGAAAAAAGGGACCGGUUGAAAAUGGGAGAACUGUCGAACUCAUUCACAAUACAGUCUCGAGAUGAUGAGGCACAUAAUGAUAUGACCGAUUUAAAGAUCCUAAUAAAAGGGGAUAAUGACAGAAUUAUGCCUUCCACACCUAAAGUGACUAACAUUCGGAGUCUAGCUGUUGAUGAGGACUUGAAAAUCAGAAAAGAACAUAACAUAUCCCAAAGACAUCAUGAGGAACUCAUUAAGUUAAGGAUAGCGGAGCAAGAGUGGGUCACUAAAGCUGCUGAAGAAAGAUAUCACAAGGCACGUCUAGAGAAAGAGCUAGCAGAACUCAGACUUGACAAAGAAAAACGUAUAAAUAUAUAAUUAUCUUUAUUUAAAAAAUCAAAUAA